AUGUUUGCGACGCGACGAGAUGGAGAUGGCGAGAACGUUCGCCGUGCGAUUAAUGAGGCAAUGAAAGGCGAGAAUUCGGCACAAGAGCGGGCAGUUGAGAGGGCGAUAAACUUCACUGCUGCUGCUGAUCGGCUGUCUGCUAAAGGAGCGCCCGAAAGAAAUUGCGACUCACCGAGGGUAUCAAUCGACACCAUCAACAGUCGUUAG